AUGCCACACCCACCAGCCCUCACCUCCAGCCUAGCCCUCUCAGCCCUCUUCCUCUUCCUCCUCUCCUCCACAUCCCAAGCACAUAACAUUACGCGCAUACUCGCCAAACACCCAGAGCUCUCCUCCUUCAACCACUACCUCACCCUCACCCACCUCGCCACAGAGAUCAACCGCCGCCAGACCAUCACCGUCCUCGCCAUCGACAAUGCCGCCAUGUCUUCCCUCCUCUCCAAAGGACUCUCUGUCUACACCAUAAAGAAUGUGCUUUCCCUCCAUGUUCUUGUGGAUUACUUCGGUGCCAAGAAACUUCACCAGAUCACCCACGGCACCACCUUGGCUAGCAGCAUGUUCCAGGCCACGGGGGCGGCGGCAGGGACUUCGGGGUACGUGAACAUCACCAACCUCAAGGGCGGUAAAGUCGGCUUUGGAGCUCAAGACAAUGAUGGGAAGCUUAAUUCCUUCUAUGUGAAGUCUGUGCAGGAGAUUCCAUACAAUAUCUCCGUCUUGCAAAUCAGUCAGGUAUUAACUUCGGCGGAAGCUGAGGCGCCAACCGCAGGGCCAAGCCAGCUGAACCUAACGGCGAUCCUAUCAAAGCAAGGCUGCAAAGCCUUCGCCGACUUGCUGAUCUCAUCGGGAGCAGACACGACCUUCGAGACCAACAUUGACGGAGGCCUAACGGUGUUUUGCCCGACGGACGCCGUCAUCAACGGCUUCCUUCCCAAGUACAAAAACCUAACGACAUCCCAAAAGGUGUCGUUGCUGCUCUACCACGGCAUCCCUGUGUACCAGUCCCUCCAGAUGCUCAAGUCCAACAACGGCCUCGUCAACACCCUGGCCACCGACAAGGCCAACAAGUUCGAUUUCACCGUCCAAAAUGACGGCGAGAUCGUCAGCUUGGAGACGGAGGUCGUGACGGCGAAGAUAACGGGGACAUUGAUCGACGAGGAGCCUCUGGUGAUUUACAAGGUGAACAAGGUCUUGCAGCCGACGGAGCUGUUCAAGGUGAAGACGGCGCCUGCGCCGAAGGAGGUGGCUGAGGGGCCGGAUGAUUCUGCUGACGCGCCGGGAUCUGAUGAUUCGAACGAUCAAACGGCUGAUAGUGAUAAGAAUGGAGACGCGGGAUUGGACGGUGGGAGAUUGGGUAUGGUUGUUUUGAGUUUGUGCGUUGGGGUUUUGCUUAUGUGAUUGGCUUGAGAGGUCUUG